UAAUUCUUAUCAUUUACAUCACUUCUUAUCAUUUACAUCACUUCUUAUCAUUUACAUCCAUAUUUGAGCAUUUGUGAUUGUGUGAAAAUGUGCAAAGUAGAAAUGCUGAGAGUGUUGGUGAAGCAGCGACUAACUGCUGCUGUGGAAGAAAUAUUUGUAGUGUUGGAAAGAACGAUAGCAGAAUACGAGGAGGAACUUUCUAGAACAAAAGAGGAGAACGAGCGACAACGUCAACUACUGGACGCUCUUUUCAACAAACAUCAACAAGCAGUCGGUGGGGAACAUCCCCCUCCAGAUCAACAAUAUUGGACCACCAAGAUGGAGCAGGAGGAGGCAGAGCCCCCCUGCAUUAAAGACGAGGACGAGGAAGCUGAUAUCUCCAAGUUCCCAGUGAUUGGUGUCACUGUGAAGAGUGACGAUGAUGAGGUCAAAGGUGAAAGUGAGGAGCAGAGAGAGGUGGAGAGACCAAACAUCUGCUCAACUCAACACAUGACAACAGAAGUUGAUGGAGGAUCCCAAGCUGACUUCGCUCCACUGUCAGAUAGUGAGGAUACAACAUCACCCUCUCCUGACACUGAUGAUGAACACUCUAAAGCUGAUACUGGAGUAAAUCCCUUCCCGUGCUUGGUUUGUGGGAAAGCGUUUACUCGAAAUGCACAUUUGAUAUCACACAAAAGAACGCACACAGGGGAAAAACCUUUCAGUUGCUCAGUGUGCGGUAAAAAGUUCUCUGAAAAGGGCAGCCUGAAGACACACACCAGAACGCACACCGGGGAGAAACCGUUCUCCUGCUCGGUCUGCAAAACAAGUUUCAGCGACCAUUCGGCGUUGGCGAGGCACAGGAGAAUACACACCGGGCAGAAACCCUUUUCCUGCGCCAUUUGCAACACAAACUUCCGCCAGCGGACAGCUUUGGUGAUCCACACGAGACGGCACACCGGGGAGAAACCGUUCGCUUGCUCGGUCUGCCAAACACGUUUCAGGGUUCAGACGUCCUUGAUUCAGCACAUGAGGACGCACACCGGAGAGAAACCUUUUGUCUGCACAGUCUGCGGCAAAAGAUUCUCCCAAAAGUCAACGCUGACUGAGCACGCCAGAUUGCACACCGGAGAGAAACCUUUCUCCUGCUCAGUGUGCGACAUGAGUUUCAGUUACCACUCGUCGUUCAUUAAACACAGGAAAAAACACACGCGGGAGAGUUUGGCUGUGUGAUAUUUCAACGUAAACAAUCUCCCAGGAAAUAGACGAGGGCUGCAACUAACAACUAAUUUGAUAAUCGAUUAAUCUGUCGAUUAUUACUUCGAUUAAUCGAUUAAAGGCCUACUGAAAUGAUU